UUAGGUUAAGAUUUGUGUCACGGUGUCCGUACUAGGUGCUUGGAUUUCGUGUUCACGUGAAAAAAAGGUUUGGAAUCGAGAAUUUUGUAUGUUGCCGGAGGAGCAAGGCAAGGGAAUUGGAAAGGACCACUCAGCUCAGUCAGUCACCAAUACGCACCCUGGUCUGGUAGGUCUGCUGAUUCUGACCUUCCCUGCAAGCGACGUCCGUGUUCUUACAUAUCAGCAGCAUAAAUGUGCUGCCAUAUAUAGCCACCUGAUCUCUUCUCUGUGGCCGUACGUGUUCUUUCAUUUUGAGCCUCGACGACAGGAGGAGGAUGGCGCAGUUUUUCAGCCGCAUGUGGGACAGAGCUCAAGGCAAGCUGGAUGUUCUGAGGAUUUGCGAGAAGGUGUUCGAGGAAUUGGCCGUCAUGAACACCGCCAAGAACACCAAGCUCCUGGACAUCAGCUCCCUUCACGUCGCCACCCUCAUGGUCUACAACUCGAUCAACAAGCAGCUGGUCGGACCUCACAAGGACCCUCCCUGCAUGCAGGUCAUCUCUUACAAAAUGGAGAGCUACCGGGCAGUGAAGCCGGAGGGGAUAACGCAGCAGGAGUUCCGGGAGCUGAUCAUGGAGUGGGUGAAGAAGGACCUGCGCCUCGUCCUGGCCAACAAGGCUGCGGUGGCGAUCCUGGCGGCGCCGCUGCUUGCCGUCUCGGCCAAGAACGCCGGCAGGCAGGUGCCGAGGAUGAGGGACACUGUCGACAAGGUGCCCACGCCGCUGCUCUUCGUAGUCUUCUCUGCCGGGCUCAUGCUCCUGCAGGACGUCAGGGCGGGGAAGCAGUGAGCACCUGUAUCUGUAUGAGUACGCCAUCAACAAUGUAUUUAAGCUGCAGCCAUUGAAUGAAAUUUGUAUGCAAA